CCCGCCGCUCAAUGGCGCUCAGCCUCGAUAGGGACGCGCUCUACCGGCGGCUCCGGCGGCUCUAUGGCACCUGGGAGCGCGGGGAGGAGGAGCUGGGCGCCGUGGACGCCAUCGUGGUGGCCGUGGGGGUGGACGAGGAGGUCGUGUACGCCAAGUCCACGGCGCUGCAGACGUGGCUCUUUGGCUACGAGCUGACCGACACCAUCAUGGUGUUCUGCGCCCAGCGCAUCCUGCUCCUGGCCAGCAAGAAGAAGGUGGAGUUCCUGAAGCAGGUGGCCCCGGGCAAGGGGGCCGAGGGGGGCAACGGGGUCCCCACCAUCAGCCUGCUCGUCAGGGAGAAGACGGAGAGCAACCAGGCCAACUUUGAGCGGUUGAUCGAGGCCCUCCGGGGCAGCCGUGGGGGGAAGCGCUUGGGGGUCUUCGCCAAGGACCACUUCCCGGGGGACUUCCUGCGAGCCUGGAACGACUGCCUCAGCAAGGAGGCCUUCGACAAGGUGGACAUCAGCGCGGCCGUGGCCUACACCAUGGCAGCCAAGGAGGAGGGGGAGCUGCAGCUCAUGCGCCGCGCCGCCGCCAUCACCUCCGAGCUCUUCAGCAAGUUCUUCAAGGAGCGCGUCAUGGAGAUCGUCGACGCCGACGAGAAGGUCCGUCACUGCAAGCUGGCCGAGGCGGUGGAGCAGGCGCUCGAGGACAAGCGCUACUUGGGGGGCGCGGACCCCGGCGCCGUGGAGCUCUGCUACCCCCCCAUCAUCCAGAGCGGGGGGCACUACAGCCUCAAGUUCAGCGUCGUCAGUGACCGCCACGCGCUGCACUUCGGGGCCAUCACGUGCGCCAUGGGGGUGCGGUACCGCUCCUACUGCUCCAACCUGGUGCGGACGCUGCUGGUGGAGCCCGGCGCCGAGGCUCAGGAGCUCUACGCCUUCCUGCUCCUGCUCCACGAGAGCCUCCUCAGGGAGAUGCGGCCCGGCGCCCGUCUCUGUGACGUUUACGGCGCCGUCAUGGACGUGGUGAAGCGCCAGCGCCCGGAGCUGCUGGGCAAGAUCACCAAGAACCUGGGGUUCGCGAUGGGCAUCGAGUUCCGCGAGGGCUCCUUGGUCAUCAACAGCAAGAACCAGCAGCGCCUCAAGAAGGGUGAGCACGGACCCAAAAACGAGGGCCCGGCCACGGUGCUCACGGCCGUGAAGAAGAAGGUGAAGAACGUGGGCAUCUUCCUCAAGAACGAAGACGACGACGAGGAAGAGGAGGCCAAGGACGAGGCCGAAGACCUCUUGGGGCGCAGCUCGCGCGCGGCCCUGCUCACCGAGAGGACGCGGAACGAGCUGACGGCCGAGGAGAAGCGCCGGGCCCACCAGAAGGAGUUGGCCACUCAACUCAACGAAGAGGCCCGGCGCCGGCUCACCGAGCAGAAGGGGGAGCAGCAGGUGCAGAGGGCGCGCAAGUCGAACGUGUCGUACCGGAGCGCGGCGCUGCUGCCGCGGGAGGCGCCGGUGCGCGAGCUCAAGCUCUUCAUCGACAAGAAGUACGAGAGCGUCCUCGUGCCCGUCUUCGGCAUCGCCGCCCCCUUCCACAUCGCCACCAUCAAGAACAUCAGCAUGUCGGUGGAGGGCGACUACACGUACCUGCGCAUCAACUUCUACUGCCCGGGCAGCGCCCUGGGCCGCAACGAGGGCAACCUCUUCCCCAACCCGGAGGCCACCUUCGUCAAGGAGAU